AGGAAGUAAAUGCCACAGGGGUCACGAGGGGUCAUGAGGCUUCUAUGACAACACGCACGCACCAUCCAUGAUUUGAUUGAUUUACUGGUCUUCUAUGUACAAAAUCUGCGGAAAUAAGAGUCUAUUUCUCACUUGCUAUGAUAUCUAGCUUUGGUGAUGACGUAAGGCUGACAGAAUAUGGUCUGCUCUGGUGAGAAAAGCUCAGUUUAAGCAUGUUGUUGUCGGAAGAUCCAUGGUUACAACCGGUUUGACAGUGUGUGAAUCAGAGUGAAGAUGGGUUGUGGGGCGUCGACAAACUAUCAGUACGAGGUGAACCUCACCUGGGAACAGGUGAGCCGCACCGUGGACACGCCCAGACCCAAGGACGACAAGCUGGUCCUCAGGCACUCCAACUGGAAAACUGUCCGCAUCUUCGUCUCAUCAACCUUCAAGGACUUUCACUCGGAGAGAGACGUUCUCGUGAAGGAGGUGUUUGCAGACUUGAGACAUUGGUGUGAGAAGAGGAGGCUACAUCUGGUGGAAUGUGAUCUAAGAUGGGGUAUUCCCAAGGAUACAACAACAGAGUUCACACUGAGGACAUGCUUGGAGGAGAUUGACAGGUGCUAUGAAGACAACAUCAUGCCUUUCUUUCUCAACAUGACCAGUGAGAGAUGUGGUUGGAUCCCGGGUGUCCAGGAGGUUCCUCCACAGUUUGCAGCAGAGUAUCGCUGGAUCCACGGCCUGUCUGUCACAGAGAUGGAAAUCAUGCAUGGAGCGUACAGGAAAGGCAACCCAAACUCCCUGUUCAUGAUCAGAGAUGGUUCUUUCCUGGAGUCUGUACCUGAGAAACAUCAUAAAGACUUCAUCGACAUCACACCUGAGGCUCCCUUCAAACUCAAGAUGCUGAAGAAGAUGUUACAGGACAGAUUUGAUCCCAGCCAGGUGUACCAGUACCAGUGUGAGGUCGCAGGGGUCAACUCAGAGGGCAGAGUUCAACUUAAGGGGCUGGAGAACUUCAGUCUGAAGGUGUUUGAGUUCUUCACACAGAGGGUAGGGGAGCAGUACCCGCUGGAGGAGGUACAGACGGACCCGUACAGACAACAGGAGGAGGCUCAUGAGGCCUACAUGAAGAAUAAGGGAGACCUUGUGUUGGGGAGGGACUCCAUCCUACAGGAGAUCCAACUUUACAUCACAGAACUGGGGGUGGACUAUCCCAUGCUGCUGGUGGGGGAGGCAGGGUCCGGCAAGUCAGCCAUCAUGGCCAGGGUAGCAGAUGUGGCCACAACAAAGGCUCUGAACAAGGAGAUACCUGGCGGAGGAGACACAGGCUGGCAUGUGUUCUACCACUUUGUCGGAGCAAUCCCAGGGUCCACUGAUCUGGAGACUGUUCUGAAGAGGCUGCUGAGGGAGCUGGACAUUGUCAAUGAUACCACUAUGCCCAAAGACAUGGAGUCCACAGUACAGCUGACAUGUGGGGUUCUGUCCAGUCGAACCACCAGGCCCACCAUCAUCAUCAUCGAUGCUGUCAAUCAGAUGGAUGAAGACCCCCAUGCUCAGAGUGUCAGCUGGUUGCCAAGGAAACUGGCCCCUCAGGUCCGAGUGGUGUUGUCCAUGAUUGACAGCACCCCACAGCACCGUGCGCUCACCGAGCGGCAGAGGAAACCACAGGAGGUCAGGGUGACUGCACUCAGCAAGGAGGACAGACAGGAAAUUGUGCGAGCCAUGUUGGACAAGUACAACAAGCGGCUGGACCAGCACCAGAUGAACAGCUUGCUGUCCAAAGAAUCGUCCGACAACCCGCUCUGGCUGUCUGUGGCCUGCGAAGAGCUCCGUGUUUAUGGCGUCUUCGAGAAAGUUUCAGACAAAAUCAACAGUUUAGCUGAUGGUUUGCUUAAUCUGUUAGCUCAGGUACUGGAGAGGUUUGAGAGAGAGUACGGGGGGACGUUACUGGUGGCCACCCUGUGUCUGCUGGAGACGUCAGCAAAGGGCAUGCUGGAAGUGGAGCUGCUGAGGCUGCUGGGAAAUGAGGAGAACCUCCUCCCUCCUGAAGAUGGAAGCCAGAUAGAUUUAGAAGCUAGAGAGGAGCUGCCAGCUGGCCAGGUGGCACCGGUCAGGUGGGCAGGAGUGUACCGAGCACUCAAGCCGUUCCUCAGGCCAUUCGGGGACAGUGGGGAGGGACGGCUGGACUUCUACCACCGGUCACUCAGCAAAGCUGUCAGGAGAAAAUACUUUGGAUCAGAUGAUGAUGAAGAAGACAGUACAGACAGCAGGUGGAGGUACAGGUGGUGGCAUCACAAACUCGCCAACUUCUUUGACUCGUGUGAGAACAUCGACAGAAGGGUGGAGGAGUACCCCCAUCACCUGGUGCAGCUAGGUGCCCAGGAGCGCCUGGCUGAGUGCCUGACAGAGUGGGAUAUGUUUGACAAACUCUACCACCCUGAGUGGAGUGCACAGCUGCUAUUAUAUUGGAGAAAGGCAGGUGGAUAUGACACCAUGGACAGCCGUUACAGAAAGGUCCUGGAUGAGAUAAAACAGGACCCAGAGGUGUCCGUACAGGAAGUUGUGCUCAGGCACGAGAAGGUGGCCAGAGUUCUCCUACAAGCAGGUAAGCUAGAAGAGGCGAAGGGUGUUAUACAGUACGCACUAGAGCGAGAGGAGUCGGAACUGGGGGCCAGGCCUGAGAGGAUGACAGAGCUGUACUAUGUGGCUGGGCUUAUCUAUGAUGAGAUUGUGAAGUCUGUAGAAUUUGUCAACAGAGAAACUAUGAACGACCUCCGACCCUGCAUGGACUACUUGCGGAAGUCGAUCGCCCUGCGGGAGCAGUUGGAAGGAGAUCACCACAAGUAUCAAAGAGCAUUUGGCCUGGUGAAGCUGGCCUUUGCCCUGAACAACUGGUCGGACUGUGGAGGAGACACCAGCUUCUCUCGCUCUAGUGCUGCAGCAGAGGGCUUCCAGGUGGUGGGAGAGGCCAUCAGGAUUCUCAGGGAGUUAGGAGACAACGGACAUCUGGCAGAGGCUGUGAUGACUAAAGGCAUCCUCAUGCCACGUUACAACACACAAAGUCAAAUGGAUCUGUAUGAGGAAGCCUUAGAGCUUAGCCAGCAGGCAUAUGGAGAGAACAACACCCUGAGCUCCCGGAUCUAUGGGAACAUGGGCAUUGCUUAUGAGACUAUCGGUCAGCUCAGGAAGGCCUACAAGUACUUCCAGCUGGCUGCUCAAUGCACAGAGGAGGUGUUUGGCCCCGACCAUCCCAAGACCUUGCAGAACAAAGCAGUACUGGAGGAGGACACAUACAGAGCCGUGGCCAGACAGAUCCAACAGGAGGCUGAGAAUGGGGGAGGACAGGGGGGCGACGAUGACUCAGAUGGAUUCUUUGAUGAUUUAGACAGUGAUGAGGACAAUGCUGAGGAAAAUGUGCAGGAAGACAAUACUGAGGAAGACAAUACUGAGGAAGACAAUGUGCAGGAAGAAAGGCAGGAGCAGCAGUAGGAGGACCAAGACUGUCUAAGGCCACACUGACGUAAUUUUAUAGAUAACAUCCUCUAGAGACCCCAAAACUAAUGUGCAAGGGCAAAAAAGGAAAAUCCAGCAAAGAAAAUGCUGCUAAACCACAGGGAUAAACAUCCAGUCCAUUCUUUCCCAGGCUUGGUGUGUCUUAUAUUCACCUCCAGUAAGACUGUAAGAGACCAUUGUUGCCAUUUCCCUUUGACCAGGGAUGCUAUUGGGUGACAUGUGGCUACAACUGGCAAAAAUUCAUGCGUCCACGGAUGUCAUCUAUAAAAUUAAGUCAGUACUGUCUAAUUGCAGUCUGUGCAUGUGCAAUCAUUAAAGAUUUUUUUAGGAUAGUUGACAUUUUUUUAUUCAAAGCUUUACCGAAGGAAAGUUAGAAAUGGUCAAGAUAUUGUAAGUGGAAAAAAGUACAGAGGGCAGCUUUACAUUUGGGCUUCUGUUGUACGUUAUUUUUUAUAUGCCAUUUUGGUAUAUUGACCUGCAUAUAUAUGAUGGUUUUCUUAACUAUCACAACACUAAAUUGCCAGUGCAAUGGAAUUGGUUCAGCACAGAGAAAAAAAGUUAGGACACAGUUGUUAUUUGAAAUGUAACAUGAGAAAUGAAAGAUGGAAUCAUGUACAAACCUCUCUCUAUGAUAUUCUUUGAGCAGUCCAGUGCAGUCUAAUAGAUAUGUGCACGUACAUAUGCAAAUAUUCACUCUAGGUUUAGUGAUUUGAUUUUUGUUACCAACAUCACGUGUUCUCAGGGUGUGCAGUACUAGUAGAACAUGUACAUGUACAUUGUAGUUGCAUGAUACAAAGUUUAUUUAUAUUGAUUUGUUAAUGAGGUAUUGAAGGAUACACAUGUAUAAAGCCACACUGAUGUUUUAAAGAUUGUCACAUUUUGCAUAUUUUCCUUUAAGCAUGGACACUUUUUUGUACAGUACCUAUUUUUCUACUGUUACACUCAAGAAGAGAAGAACUGUACAGCAUCAUAAAAGGAAACAUGGUGAUACAUGUAUGUAGGGCACUGAUGUUAUACAUGUAUAGUACAAAAUAGUACUGUAACAUUAAUUUUGUCAACAGUUUUUGUGUCAUUUAGAUGAAUCACUUUAUGUUAGUACUUAUGGUCACCUAUGGAUGAUCAUCCAUAUUGUAUAUUUCAUCCUUUUGAAAAUUGGUGUAAUCAGA